GGCGGACAGGUCUUCCGUGGGCGCCUCGAAAUCACACUCCGGGCAUCGCUCCCGCGCUCCGGGCGGGGGGCCGGGUCCCGCCUCGCGCGCGCUCACGAGGCCGGGGGCGGGGCGCGCGGGGUGCCGGCCGGGGGCGCCCGCUCCUCCCCCCGCGAGCGGCCGGGCUGGCGGCGCCGAGCCCCCUGCGCGCGGCCCAUGGGGCGCCUGACCGAGGCGGCGGCGGCAGCGGGCAGCGGCGCUUCGGCGGCGAGCUCGGCAGGGCCCCCGCCCACUCCCCUGCCCCUCUCGGCCACCUCCCCCGGCUGCGCGGCCACCAUGGCGUUCAGCGAGGAGGACGGCACCAACGGCGGCGCCUCGGAGGCCGGCGAGGAGAGGGAGGCCCCCAGCAGGAGAAGGCGCCUGGGCUGGGCGGCCACCGCCUGGCUCACCUUCUACAACAUUGCCAUGACCGCGGGGUGGUUGGUUCUAGCUAUUACCAUGGUGCGUUUUUAUAUGGAAAAAGGAACACACAAAGGUUUAUAUAAAAGUAUUCAGAAGACACUUAAAUUUUUCCAGACAUUUGCCUUGCUUGAGAUAGUCCACUGUUUAAUUGGAAUUGUACCUACUUCUGUGCUUGUGACUGGGGUCCAAGUCAGUUCCAGAAUCUUUAUGGUGUGGCUCAUUACUCAUAGCAUAAAACCAAUCCAGAAUGAGGAGAGUGUGGUGCUUUUUCUGGUCGCGUGGACUGUGACAGAGAUUACUCGCUAUUCCUUCUACACAUUCAGUCUUCUCAACCACUUGCCAUACUUCAUUAAAUGGGCCAGAUAUAAUUUUUUUAUCAUCUUAUAUCCUGUUGGAGUUGCCGGUGAACUUCUUACGAUAUACGCUGCCUUACCAUAUGUGAAGAAAAGUGGAAUGUUUUCAAUAAGACUUCCUAAUAAAUACAAUAUCUCUUUUGACUACUAUUAUUUUCUUCUUAUAACCAUGGCCUCGUAUAUACCAUUGUUUCCACAACUCUAUUUUCACAUGUUACGUCAAAGAAGAAAGGUGCUUCAUGGAGAGGUGAUUGUAGAAAAGGAUGACUAAAUGACCUCUACAAACAAGGUGCUUUUUCCAGAAUAACCAGGAUUACUUGAGUCCAAGUUUUAAUAACAAGAAUAAACAACUUCAUGAAAUA